AUGCCACCAAACCUAUUCCGCCCUACACCGCCUCUUGGAUACCCCGAAGAUGACUUUGGGGGUCUUGGUGGACCCAUGACACCAGGCAGUUUGCAAGAUUUAUUCUCCCUCAUUCUGCAGUCGGUGCAGCCCGCGGCAGCUCUUCGCCCAGAUGCUGACGGCACACGAGCCGCUGGCCAGCAACCGCACCCUUUCGAUCUUUUGAGCCAGCUUUUCAAUCCCGGAAACGCCCAGCAUGGCGACGUGGUCUUUACACAAGAAGCCUUCGAUCGGGUCAUGACACAGCUGAUGGAUGAGAACCAGGCCGGUAAUGCCCCUCCACCGGCGUCGGAAGAUGCGAUCAAAUCACUCAAGAAGAAGCGCGUGGACCAUGACAUGUUGGGCAGUGACGGCAUGGCCGAAUGCUCGAUAUGCAUGGACAAUGUGGAACUGGGCGAUGAAAUGACUGUUCUACCGUGCAAUCACUGGUUUCACGGGGAUUGCGUGACGGCCUGGCUGAAAGAACACGACACAUGCCCUCACUGUCGCAGGCCGAUUUCGAACGCCAAUGUACGCAACGAACAAACCUCUCCAAGACGAAGAAUGAGUCGGCACCUCUCUCCGGUAAUAAGCAGCCCUCAGGGCUUCGGUCCAGAAGGUAGUCGCCAGAAUCCUGUGACUAUACCAGAAAGUCCGACCGAGUCACAGCAAUCGAGGCAGUCAUACUAUGGACGCCGACGAGAAUCUGAUUUGCAACCUUCCACUAGCGUGCGACAACCGAGAAGCCCGCAAGAAACAAGACGACAUAGUUCGAGAGGAAAUUCGGGAGGGAGUUCAGGAAGUCGAGGCAGCAGUACCGGAGGAGGUGUGACCGGUUGGAUUAGGGAUCAUUUACCGUUCUCAUGA